CUACGAGUGUUGCUACGAGUGCUACUACUACGCGUACACUUAUCCUAUCUCAUCCCAUCCCAUCCCAUCCCCAUCCCACUAUGAUCUAUCCGCCAUCCCAAUCUUGUCCUAAUCCUUAACUCUUCUCCUACAACACCUAUUACCUACCUCUACGCCUACAACUACAUCACCGCCGCGCCUCUCCCUCUUUCAUCCUUCCCUUCUUCUCUCUUUCUCUUUCCCUCCCUCUGCGCCGCAUAUCCUUUCUCCCCGUGUCCAUACCUCCUCCCUCUACCCUGCGGCACGCCUCGCCUCGCCUCGCCAUCGUACUUACCCACCCACUGGAUCGAUCGAGCUCCUCUGACCGGCAUCUGUCAUUCCGAACAUCUCACCUCCGCCCCGCUUGGCUGCCUCCAAAAGCCCGCUCGCCAGCCCAAUCAUAACCAUGGAAGGAGGACACAAACGCUCCAAGUCGGCGAGCGUGAAGAACCUCCUCUCGCGGGUGUCGUCCAACACCAAGAGCGACGUCACCGACUCCAACGGCGGGCCCAACAACAACAGCAGCAGUAACAUCGCUGCCACCGACACUGGCCCUCCCGGCUCGUCUGCCGCCUCAAUCAAUUCGCAGCAAGCAUCAUCCGUCCACUCCUCGCAUCAUCACCAUCAUCACCACCAUCUCCAUCUCGGUGGUCCCCAUCGUAGUGGCUCGAAACACCGCCCACACCUCUCCGCCACCAUGUCUAACCCAUCUGCCCCAGACAGCAGCAACCUCUCCCCCGCAUCACCGAUCCAGCCAACGAGCAGCGCUGCAGCAACGCCCACCUCCCCAGCGUUCAAAGGCGCUUCCAUAGAACAGUCCGUCAAACUUUUCCGUGUAUUCGAGUCCCUCCGCAAUGGUGACACGGGCGCCAUCUCCAAGGCAAUAAGGGACCAGGUCAACCCCACCGAUGGCGAGCAGAGUGCCUCCUCGCUCUCAUUGCCCACCGCACGAACGGAGGGAACCUCCAUACUCCAUCUAGCCGUCCAAUGCGCAGAAGCACCUGUUGUUGAAUUCGUCCUCUCGAAUGCCACCCCCAGUCCCGACUCCGUCAUCGACAUCAAUGGCCGAGAUCGCGACGGAAACACCCCGCUUCAUCUAGCAGCCACCCUUGGCCGGGCACCCAUCGUGCGAAUGCUCCUCGACCGCCCCGACAUCAAUGACUCUAUUGCCAACUACAUUGGCCAGACUCCCCUCGAUCUCGCCCGCACCCCCGACAUCUUCCAACAACUUCAACUCGCUCGCUCGAUAUUCAUUGACACACAUGUGAAGAAGAUCCAGCAAUUGGUCGGUACGGGCGACAUCGCUGGCAUCGAGAAAAUACUGCAGGAUCCGAGAGUGAAGAGUACAUUGGACGUCAAUGGCGGGGAUCUGGCCACCGACCCCGUUGUCGUCGACGCCGGCGGCACACUUCUGCACGAGGCAGCGAAGCGAAAGAACAAAGACCUAGCACAGCUCUUGCUUCUUAAUGGCGCAGACCCUUUUCGCCGUGAUCGCAAAGGAAAGCUACCCCAGGAUUACACAAAGGAUGAAAGCACUCGCAGGAUACUGAAGCGCUCACCCGCAGCUGCUGCGGCUCAGAGAGGCAUUCAAGAGAAGACUAUUUUGGCUGGCGCUGCGGCGCAGCCUGGUGCUGCAGGCGACAACGGUAUGGGAGCUAAAGAGUCCCGUGAGAUGAAAGGUUACUUGAAGAAGUGGACAAAUUACACAAGCGGGUACAAGCUCAGGUGGUUUGUUCUUGAGGACGGUGUCCUCAGCUACUACAAGCAUCAAGACGAUACUGGCUCAGCUUGCCGAGGCGCCAUCAACAUGCGCAUUGCGAAACUAUUCAUGGAUGCCCAGGAUAAGCUGCGGUUCGAGAUUCAAGGAAAGUCUUCGGUCAAAUACCACCUCAAAGCCAAUCACCAGGUCGAGGCUAAGCGAUGGUUUUGGGCCUUGAACAACGCUAUUCAGUGGAGCAAAGAUGAGGCUCGCGAGGAGGACAAGCGAGCCCAGCGUGACCAAGAGGCCUUGAAGCAGGCCAAAAUCGAGCAACUGGCCCCGCGUCCGUCGACGUCAAAAGAGGGCAGUGAAGCCCCCAGCAUCUCUAGCUCGCGACUCCACGCACAGAAGAGCCUUGCUCCCUCGACCGCUCUCGGCGUGCCACUUACAAGCCAGGAUACCUCGUCGCGACAUGCUACGAGUAUCAAUGAGGAUCCCGAUAGCGUUUAUGAACCAAGCAUGGCUGGGAAUGAGCUAGGCAAGAUGGUCAGCCAUGUUGGUACGGCGACAAUCGAGGGCGAUCUGGACGACGACGACGAGUACGGCGACGACGGCAGCAGUCGCGAGGUGAAACCGCACAAUAAGGAUGCCUUCAAUAUCACUGCUCAGUCCGCGAAGGUGCAGCUUGAUCUUCUAGAGCAGGUCACUUUGGCGCUUCAGUCCGAGAAGGACAAGAACUCUUCGAUGCAAUUGUCGGAUCCCCUCAUGGUGCAGACUCUUUCGUCGUACGAAUCAGCCAUUGGAAAUCUUAAGGGCCUUGUUGGAGAUCUCCUCAGGAUAUCUAGGGACCGAGAUGCGUACUGGCAGUAUCGCCUGGAUCGGGAAGCCAAUGUUCGCCGGAUGUGGGAGGACAGCAUGGCCAAGGUUGCGAAGGAGCAGGAAGAGCUAGAGAACCGCAUCGGCGAAUCGGAACUCAAACGAAGGAAGACCAAGCGUGCGCUUCGUGAGGCCCUGGAAGAUUACGACAUGGACGACGAGGCACCGCACGAUCAUAGCGAUGAUGACUUCGCGGAGGCUGACGAGGCACUGAACAACGAGCCAGAUACCAAAUUCAUUCGUCCUACCCGGCCGGGCACCACCGUUGAUCAAAAAUUGCGAAGAAAGGCUACGUUUGCAGAUAUUGCUGCUGACAUGUCAGAGUCUGAAUCCGAGGAUGACGAGGAGUUCUUCGACGCCGUUGGUGCUGGCGAGGUCGAGGUUGCGGAACUGCCCGUUGUCGCCAGCCCCGCACUGCAACCCGCGGACACUACCCAAGGCGAUGAUGAUAUCUACGCGAGCAGGCACGCAUUGAUCGAGACUGGUUUUAGAGGGUACGAAGACGGUCCACGAAAGAGACUUGCAAUGGACGCAGAUGACCGGCCGAAGAUCUCAUUAUGGGGCAUCUUGAAAUCUAUGAUUGGUAAGGACAUGACGAAGAUGACACUACCCGUCUCCUUCAAUGAGCCGACAUCACUCCUGCAACGUGUGGCGGAAGACAUGGAAUACACUGAUUUGCUCGACACUGCCGCCGAGCGUGUUGAAUCGACCGAGCGAUUGCUCUAUGUCGCUGCCUUUGCGGCCUCUGAGUACGCAUCGACCAUCGGGCGUGUGGCCAAACCGUUUAACCCUCUCCUUGGUGAGACGUACGAAUACGCCAGGCCCGACAAGGGCUACCGUUUCUUCAUCGAGCAAGUGAGCCAUCAUCCUCCGAUUGGUGCUGCCUAUGCGGAGUCGAAGAAGUGGGAUUACUAUGGUGAAUCUGCCGUGCAAUCCAAGUUCUACGGCAAGUCGUUCGACAUCAACCCUCUCGGAACAUGGUUCCUUCGCCUCCGACCCACUGCCACCGGCGGUAAGGAAGAGCUGUACACCUGGAAGAAGGUCACCUCUUCCGUCAUCGGCAUCAUUACCGGUAACCCGACUGUUGACAACUACGGCCUGAUGGAGAUUAAGAACCACACCACCGGCGAAGUUUGCCAACUGAACUUCAAGCCCCGUGGGUGGAAAGCAUCUUCCGCAUACCAAGUCGCCGGUAAGGUGCUCGAUGCCCGUGGUCACGUCUGCUGGAGCAUCGGCGGACGCUGGAACGACAAGAUCUAUGCGCGCCUAACGCCCGGGUUCGAAGACGCCGAAAUUGAGAAGGGUGGCGCCAAUCGUGGCCACGGCCACAGCGACGAAAACAAAGCCUUCCUCGUCUGGCAAUGCCACGAACGCCCAACCGGCAUUCCUUUCAACCUCACUCCCUUCGUCGUCACUCUCAACGCCAUCCCCGAUGCCCUCCGCCCCGUCGUCGCCCCCACCGACACCCGCCUCCGACCCGAUCAGCGUGCCAUGGAGGAUGGUGAGUACGACUUCGCGGCCACGGAGAAGAACCGCGUGGAGGAGAAGCAACGAAAGACACGUCGCAUCCGCGAGGCCAAGGGCGAAGAGUUCGAGCCCAAGUGGUUCACCAAGGGAACCUGCGACAUCACAGGCGAGUCGUACUGGGUGUUCAACCACGAGUACUGGAAGGUCAGAGACGAGGUCGCGAACGAGAAAUCGAAGUGGGAGGACCAUGGUCUUGAGGAUAUAUUCUAAGCCUACCACGAGGAAGAUGCUGUGGGACAUCAUUGGAGACGUUUGGUUAUUGUUGUACAUGAAUGAAUGAACAGAAGUAAAUGAACCGGCUGGCUACCUACGCUACCUUAUUCACGACUUACAUACACAUAAAUACAUGGUUGCAGAAGAUGAAAUAAUACGAUGACUGGACAAUCAUACACAAGAGAUCACCUUCACCCAUUUCCCAUUUCUUCCGUUUAGUAUGCGUGCUCGUUGCGUGGAUGUAAUUCGGUACUUUACCAUCACUCACAUUCCGGAGGACCGAUCUUGCGAUUUCUUAGAGUAGAUAGAUCAC